AUGGCCGACGGCGGUCCGGUGAUUGCUAGCAGCAACCGCUUCGACGACAUUGCCCCUUACAUGGGCCGCAUAUACAACGACGAGCCGGAGAAGUGGCGUGACGUCUUUCCCUGGGAGUUUCCGCAGUACGGCACGAAGCAGGUCGAAGAGGCCUUCAUCGACAGCACCUUUACCGCAUCGGAGGUGCAAGUGCAAGGCUACCGCUUCCUCAAGCAGGUCUUCUACUGCAUCGGCAAGUGGAAUGUCGAGAUUAAGAUCCCACGCAUCGCUGCAGACUGGAUCCGGGAGAACCAGGAGAUCCUCACAGAUCCCAACACGCGCGAGUGGAUCUUCAAGCCAGGUGUCGGACCCAAGACCUUCUUUGAGCCGAAGCAUUUUGAGCAAUACGGCGAGAAGAUGCUAACACACGUUGUCACCUAUCUUCAACACACGUUGCAAGGCUCCCCUAACCACGACAAGCCUGAGGAGAACGCGAACGUUCCAUCCGCCACCAAUCACGCUCAGGCAUCGUUAUCGGAAGUCAAGCCCGCCGCUGAUUCCACGAUUGCACCAGCACCGAUCCAUAUCCGCAAGCGUGAGAAUAGCUAUGUGCAUCCUGAAAACCACCGCAGCGGCAACACACGCUUUGGGUCCUUCCAGGUCAAUUUCUCUCGUCAAAUGCAGGAGAGAUCCAUGAUGGCACAGCACAGCAGAUCUAUCAACUUCGCGCCGCAAAGCCACCAUCAUCAGUACCGCGUUGGCUCAUUCCCACCGCCAGCGGUGGUGAGUCAGGCUGGGCUGCCGCCACACUACUCUCAGGCGCAACACUAUUCUCAGUCGCCACAUGGUAAUCCGUCACCGCAUACUCCAUACGAGAACAGAAUGCCACAGUCGUAUGCAUCACAGCCUCCAUUCUACCAGGAAGCCUUGACCGAUCGUCCCAAUGGCCGCGAAAAGCGGCGCGAUAGCCAUGGCUCCCGCGGCGUGCUACCGUCUUCGAGGGGUAAUUACAAAGGCAAGAAAGGAAAGCGUAACAAGGACAGCUUCUCCGACUCACAGCCUGCGCGAGAAGUGGCGUACAGGUCGCCAUGGGACUCAAGCACACAGCCUGCACUAGCUGCGGAAGGGAACGACCCGGACGGGUUGAUACCGCGCCUGAAGGAUCUUUCGCUCGAGAGUGUAGCACCAUCGCAGCCCGAGCAGUCCUUUCGUGAGCAGUCCUCGCCGCCGCCGCUUGCGGCGGAAGCAGCAAACAAAGGACCCGUAGGCAGUACGCCAGUCACACCAUUGGUUCCGGAUGUCGCAGCCGAAGUGCUAAAGCCAUCCUUGUCGCUUGAUACUGCUGGGUGGGCCCACGAGCACAUGUCAGAUGUUACUGGAGAUGCAUCAGCGGUAGCGUCCAUUCCGGAGGUAGUCCCGGUCAAGCUCCCAGAACCGACAUGUUCGCCGCCUACGGCGGUUGCAGCAGACGUGGCCAGUCCGCCAGUAACAUCAUCCAUUCCACAAGUCGCAGCUGAGAUCCCAAAACCAUGCUCACCACUGGACCCUGUUGAGGAGGUUGACAACCACAUCUUCGACGCUACUGAGAACGCGAGAGCGGGUCAAUCUCAACCGAACUCGGUUCUCGAAGUUACACUGCCUGACUCCGCUGCGUCUCUGAGCCCAGUCAUAGCGGUCAACCACAAUGUACUGGAGAAGCAUGCGAAGCCAGAGAAGGCUAAGGGUCCUGCGCAGACGGAGUCUCUUCUUGGUAGCCUGUUCAGCAAGCCACUGAAGCAGAAGAAGCCCAGGCCUCAGAAGGGCAAAGGGUCGGUGAAGAGAAAGCAGAAGCAGGCAGAGGAUGAUAGCGCCUCCAACCGAAGCACGAUCACCGACCAAGAGUUCGAUGCGGAGAUGACGGCGUCGAAGGCGCCUUCCUCAAUCGAAGAUUGCGUUAAACCACCCAUCAUGCAUGUGGAGCGGACAACGCCGGCGCCGUCACGCGAUGCCAGUCCUUCAAAGUCACGCGGCAUGCUUGGCUCUAUUGCGGGCUUGUUCUCUUCGCGGGCGGCCACUCCUACUAUCACCACAGAAGCUUCAGUCCCGGGAUCACCUUCGCGUGUCAUAGUCGAGAUGGUGCAAUCGGCGCCGCUGUUGUCUUUUCGUGACAAUGUACCCCUCGGAACGCAGUCUUUUCGCGACGACGCUGACAUGCGAUCAGGAGAGAAGCUUGACGCGGGAGCAGCGGCGCCGGCUGCUCCAUGGAGUAGCCAAGCGCCAGCGUCAGCGCCCAAGGCACAGAUGGUUGGUGAAUCUACUGGAGAUGCUGGAGCGAGUGACCAUGAGCAGGCCUUUAGCAUGCCUGACGAGACUCGUGAUAGUACUGUUCACGGUGACAGUGGCGAUGGUGGCGGCAGAUUCGCGAAUGAGCUUGAUUCUCGUGUCGGCGACGGCGCCAGUCCUACUGUGGACGCUGUGAAGCCCAAGAAGAAGAAGAAGAGCAAGAAGAAAGGCAGGUAG